AAGAUUCAUAUGUACGCCCUGAACAAAUCCACUAUUUUCUUCUAUAUAUAAUCAGAUCAAUCAAAGACUGAGAGAGAUUCAUCAAAAACUUGUUUUGUUUUGUCUUCAAGCUAAAUCCGAGAGAUGGAAUUCGAAGUAAGCAAGAGAAUGAAUAUGUUAGAGAGGAGGCCUUCCAUAGAGACAGAGCCCAUGACGUUGCAUCUCGAUCAAAUAGAAAAUGCUCGAGAAGAAGCUAUGUUUGUGAUGAAAACUAAAACAAUGGAGGAAGCUAUGGAUAUCUUCACAAAGGAGACGCAUGAGGGUUUAAGAGCUAGUGAAGAAAGAGGACGAUGCAUAAAUUUGGAGGAUGACGAUGAUGAUGAAGACGAAAGAAUGACGUUUAUGAGUCCUCAUGGUUGGGACAUUGCUACCGCUCCUUUCUAAUUUCUUAACUCUUCUUUUUUUGUCUCUUUGUUUUUCACUUUCCGCUACUACUCCUUUAAUCGCUUUUGUACAUCCUUAAGCAUAUAUAGAUGUUGUAUACGCCGUGAAUCCUUCGUUUAUUAUAGAAGGAAAAAAUCUUUAUCAGUAAGAUCGAACUUUUUUUUUACGAUA